AUGACAUUUCCUGACAUCGUUUCGCUGAUAUCCGCUAUGGAUAUUGACAUUACUUCAGAUAAGGACGAUCACGACUUUAGAAAACCAACGACCAUGGUUGUGACAACACAGCUAGGGAUUGCUUCGGUUCUAGGCAUUUUUGCAUUAUUUUCAUUCUCUCUAUUGCUUAAAAAAUUACCACGAUUGUAUGCUAGCAGGAAGUAUAAGGAUCAAGGAAUAUUACAACUCCCUACGUGGAACGAAAAUAGUUUAUUUGGUUGGAUUCCUGUACUGUAUAGAAUAAAUGAUAAACAAGUCCUGGAAUAUGCUGGGUUGGAUGCCUAUGUGUUUUUAAGUUUUUUCAAAAUGUGCAUCAAAUUAUUAGCAACUUUCUGCUUCUUUUCCGUUUGUAUUAUAUCCCCUAUUAGAUACCAUUUUACUGGUUAUUAUGAUGACAAUUCUAACAAACCUGAAGGCUCAUCGGUUGUCACACAUAUAUACAAGAGAUUGAUAGAUCCAACAUCUGAUGAAAUAUUGGCUCCUGAGACUACCAGCAUGUAUUUAUGGAUGUAUGUCCUGUUUACAUAUUUCUUUACAUUUCUAGCAAUAAAAACGUUAACUUCACAGACAAAAGAUGUAGUCAAUACAAGACAAACAUACUUAGGUAAGAUGAAUACUAUAACAGAUAGAACUAUAAGAUUAUCAGGGAUUCCCAUUGAGCUUCGAAAUAUGGAUGCAUUAAAGCGAAGAAUCGAGGAGUUGAAGAUCGGUCAAGUGGCAUCAAUCACCAUAUGUAGGGAAUGGGGUACACUGAACAAACUUUAUCAUUACAGAAAUAAAAUUUUGAAGAAACUUGAAUUGGCAUACGCUGACUGUCCGCCUCAUCUUAGAGAUCAUACAUCAUCUCCUGAAUCGUUUACUAUGAACCAAAGUUCUUCCCAAGAAGAAUAUAAUAACAACAAUUUACAACCAGAAAUUCAACAGAGAGAACCUACGACUUCUACUAUAGACCCGAAUGUUCCGUCUACUAAUAAUGUUACCGAGGACAAUGAACUUUAUUCAGAAAUACACUUAAAGGAAAGACCUACAAUGAAAAUAGGACUGUGGGGGAUACUAGGUAGUGAAGUAGACUCCAUUGAUUAUUUGUCAGACCAAUUAAAGUUUAUUGACAAAGAGAUCGUCAGGGCUCGUAAAUCACAUUAUUCUGCAACACCUACCGCCUUUGUGACGAUGGAUUCCGUUGCCAAUGCACAAAUGGCAGCACAGGCGGUCCUAGAUCCUCGGGUCCAUUACUUUAUCACACGAUUAGCUCCAGCUCCACAUGAUAUAAAAUGGGAUCAUGUCUGCUUAUCUAGAUCCGACCGUCUAAUAAAGAUUUAUACGGUUACUGUAUUUAUUGGAAUUUCGAGUGUCUUCCUUAUUAUUCCAGUGUCAUAUCUAGCUACAUUGCUGAAUUUAAAGACAAUUUCUAAAUUUUGGCCAAGCUUGGGUAAUCUUUUAAAAGAAAAUAGAUGGGCGGAAAAUAUGGUAACUGGACUGUUACCAACGUAUCUGUUUACAUUAUUAAAUGUAGGAAUUCCAUAUUUCUAUGAAUUUUUAACUUCAUAUCAAGGUCUCGUAUCAUACAGCGAAGAAGAGAUAUCGUUAGUAUCCAAGAACUUUUUCUAUAUAUUCGUUAAUUUGUUCUUAGUGUUUACACUUGCGGGGGCAGCCUCUAACUAUUGGGGUUACUUGUCGGAUACCACAAAGAUAGCGUAUCAAUUAGCAACUUCUGUGAAAGAGUUUUCAUUAUUCUAUGUCGACUUAAUUAUCUUACAAGGGAUUGGUAUGUUUCCAUUUAAACUCCUACUAGCAGGUAGUUUAAUUGGAUUCCCAUUGAUUAAGAUUCAGGCCAAAACUCCACGUCAGAGAAAAGAACUUUACAAUCCACCAAUUUUCAAUUUUGGUUUACAAUUACCGCAACCUAUUUUGAUUUUAAUCAUUACUUUAAUCUACUCUGUCAUGAGUACUAAGAUUUUGGCUUCCGGGUUAGCCUAUUUUAUCAUUGGCUUCUAUGUUUAUAAAUAUCAAUUAAUUUACGCCACAGAUCAUCUUCCACACUCGACUGGGAAAGUGUGGCCUCUAAUCUACAGAAGAAUUAUGGUCGGAUUAUUAUUGUUUCAAUUAACUAUGGCCGGUACCCUUGCUGGUUUCGAAGGUGGCUGGGUCUUAUCAUCUUGGCUAUUUCCUUUACCCUUCAUUACUUUCAGUUUCUGGUGGGAUUUUGAGAAAAACUAUUUACCUCUAUCACAAUACAUUGCCUUGAGUUCAAUCCGUGAACAUGAACGUGAUAACUCCAUGAUAAGUGCACCAUUUGAAACAGAGACAUAUCACUAUCCUUAUUUGAUCGAAGAACUUGAAGGUCCCAUGUUGAGCUAA